AUGGGGUGUCUGGUUUGGGUGGUGGGCACAUUGGUGAGCCUGAUCCUGAUGUCGGCGUGGGGCAGCAUCGUGAUCCCGUGGCAUUGGUGGACAUCGCCGGUGGGUCUACUCAAUCUCGUGGCGACCCACACUCUGCUGGGCUUGAUGGUCUACUGCUACCACGCCACCAUCACCACCUGUCCCGGCCGCGUUCCCCACGGCUGGAUCCCGGCAGGCGCUACAGCGGAAGCGCUCCAAAAGGCGAUCGAGGAAGAGGAGGAGUACCGGCGGGUGAAGCGGCGACGAGGCCGCGGGCGUGUGCGCGUGUUUGAGAAGGGCGCCCCGCGGUACUGCGGCAGGUGCCAGGAGUUCAAGCCCCCACGCUCCCACCACUGCUCCGAUUGCGGCCUGUGCACCCUCAAGAUGGAUCAUCACUGGGUGGACAACUGCGUGGGCCAGGCCAACCAUAAGACGUUCAUUCUGUUCCUCGUCUACGCCAUCGUCGGGAUGACCUACGCGUGCGUGCUCUUCACCCUCCGGCUCAUCGACAUCGUCCAGCUCUUCGCCACCAUCACCAGAACCAAGAACGCGGUGCCGGAUCCGUUGAGCAUGGAGCCGCCGCUGCCAGGCGAGACGGACAUGCGCUGGCCCGCCAUCCACAUGGCCGUGUGCGCGCUCAACCUGAUCGUGGUGGUGCCGCUCGUGCUCAGCUUGCUCUGCCUGCUCGGCUACCAGCUGGGCCUGCUGACCGAGAACGUGACCACCAUCGAGGACUUUGAGCGGGAGCUGCUCAAGAAGAAGGCCCGACGCGAGGGCAAGACAUUCACGUGGACCUACGACAUGGGCAACUGGCGCGACAACUGUCGGCAGGUGAUGGGGCAGGACAUCAAGCGCUGGCUCCUGCCCUGUCCCUCUCUCAACGACCCCGACCUCUCGAUGUUGGACUCCAAAGACACCGACUUGCUGUCCGUGCGCGUGGAGUGA